AUGAUCGAUGACGAACAACGUUUCGCACUUCAUACAAUCAAUGAUCCAAAAAAUUUAUCAUUUGAUCGAUAUGCUUAUUCACGUUACAAAUAUGGUGAUAGUAAUCAAGCCAAGCAAUUUGGACAAGAAUUAUAUACAGGUUUUCUCGAUAGAUAUCGAGAUUUUCUUCUCUCAUCUAAUCAACAAUUUAUAGCUAUAUCAUCUCCACGUAGUACAAUACCACCAGCUGUUUAUUAUAUAUUUCAAACAUUUUUAGAAAAAUUAAAUCGUUUUUUACAAUUAAAUAAAUGUGAACCAAUAAUUGAACAUACAAUUCAACGUAUUGGUACUAUUGCAGAAGAUUAUUCGUUAUUAUCAAGACAUGAACGUUUAGAUCGUUUAAUUGAUGAACGAUAUUCUAUAGAUUGUCAAGACUUUGGAAAUAAAUUUUUAUUAUUUGUCGAUGAUAUUCGUAUUACAGGUAUACAUGAAAUGAAUAUAAUUCGUUUAUUAAAAACAUCAAAUAUUUAUAAUUCACGUCUAUUUAUUUAUUAUGCACAAUUAGUUAAUGAUAAAAUUCCAACAUCAUUUGAAUAUGAAUUAAAUCGUUCAGCAAUAUCAAAUCUUGAACAACUUUUAACAAUCAUUCGUAAUCCAUCAUCAUCAUUUCAAAUUAAUACACGUGUAUUAAAAGAAAUUUUACGUUCAAAUUUAUCUGAACUUGAUUAUUUUCUACAAUCAAUUAAUACAGAUCUCAUGUCACAACUUUAUCAUGCAUGUUUUGCAUGUAACUAUCAAACAAUUGAAAUAUUUGUUGAUUCUUUAGAAUAUAUACAUCGUUGUCUACAACAACGACAAAAUGAAAAACAAGCAAAAUAUUUAUAA